GUUAUUGCUUAUCAAGAACGUCCAGUCCCUCUGAGUUCAGUGUAGACUACUGAAUGUGAACGGCGCUUGCAAGCCUCAAGGCAAUAUGAUGCUGUGCGGGUAUUGAAACAAGAAUGACGCCACCUGCGCUGGCAGGACUGUAGCUCGUAUUGAAAAUGCGUGGGAAAUGCGAUGCGUGGCGACAACAGAUGGACCCCCGCCCUUAAUUGCAGCACUGAGAGGGAGGCGGGGGUCAGGGUGCGAUAGCUCCUGCGAAUGAAAACGUCAAAGGGGUGCUACGCCGAUGGUGUCCCGGCGUUGCGAGGCAAUAUAUGGGGAGGUUGCUAUCGUAUCAGUAUCCAGUACUGCUUUCUCCCCAUUGUUGGUUGUAAAGAACCUGAACAGGUCUCAAGGGAAAGCUGUGAAAGAGAGACUAUAGCCUAUAAGAUAUUCCAAUUCACUACGUUUGAAGAAGAGCAGUGACGGAAAAUGCCGCCUCCUGCAAAUAUUGUGAAAGUAGCUAUAGAGUGGCCUGGAGCCUUUCCAAAGUUGAUGGAAAUUGACCAAAAAAAGCCACUGACUGCAAUCAUCAAAGAAGUCUGUGAUGGGUGGUCUCUUGCAAACCAUGAACAUUAUGCACUGCAACAUGCUGAUAGCUCCAAUUUUUAUAUUACUGAAAAGAAUCGUAAUGAAAUUAAAAAUGGAGCAAUACUUCGAUUAACAACAUCACCGACCCAAAAUGCUAUUCAGCUCCAUGAGAGGAUUCAAUCUUCUAGUAUGGAUGCCAAGUUGGAAGCACUGAAAGAUUUAGCCAGUUACUCACGUGAUGUAACAUUUGCCCAAGAAUUUAUCAAUCUAGAUGGGAUUUCACUCUUAACACAGAUGGUUGAAAGUGGCACUGAACGCUAUCAGAAAUUGCAGAAGAUAAUGAAGCCCUGCUUUGGAGACAUGUUAUCGUAUACGUUGACAGCAUUUGUUGAGCUGAUGGAUCAUGGAAUUGUAUCUUGGGAUACUUUCUCAGUGGCUUUCAUAAAAAAGAUUGCAAGUUAUGUGAGCAAGUUCCAAAACGAUAUUGCUAUACUACAAAGAUCAUUAGCCAUUUUAGAAUCAAUGGUACUGAAUGGUCAUGAUCUGUAUCAGAAAGUGGCACAAGAGAUAACAAUUGGGCAAUUAAUUCCACAUCUACAAGGGGCUGAUCAAGAAAUUCAAACAUAUACCAUUGCUGUGAUAAAUGCACUUUUCUUUAAAGCACCUGAUGACAGGCGGCAGGAAAUGGCAAAUAUUUUAGCACAGAAACAACUUCGGGGAAUCAUUUUACAAUAUGUUAUCAGAGCUCAAAGGGCCAUUAAUAAUGAAAUGGCACAUCAACUUUAUGUUUUGCAAGUACUCACCUUUAACUUACUGGAAGAUAGAAUGAUGACUAAAAUGGACCCUCAAGAUCAGGCCCAGAGGGACAUCAUAUUUGAACUUCGAAGAAUUGCUUUCGAUGUUGAAUCUGAACCCAAUAGCAAUAGUGGUAAUAUUGAGAAGCGUAAAUCCAUGUAUACCCGUGAUUACAAAAAACUUGGCUUUAUCAAUCAUGUAAACCCAGCAAUGGAUUUUACUCAGACUCCCCCAGGAAUGCUAGCCCUGGACAACAUGCUGUACUUUGCCAAACACCAGCAGGAUGCUUAUAUCCGGAUUGUAUUGGAAAAUAGCAGCCGAGAAGAUAAGCAUGAAUGUCCAUUUGGUCGGAGUAGCAUUGAAUUGACAAAGAUGCUAUGUGAUAUCUUGAAAGUAGGAGAGUUACCCAGUGAGACCGGCAGUGAUUUCCACCCAAUGUUCUUCACACAUGACAGAUCAUUUGAAGAGUUCUUCUGUAUUUGCAUCCAGUUGUUGAACAAGACAUGGAAGGAAAUGAGAGCAACUUCUGAAGACUUCAAUAAGGUCAUGCAAGUAGUGAGGGAGCAGAUAAUGAGAGGACUGACCACAAAGCCUAGUUCGCUGGAUCAGUUCAAAAGUAAACUUCAGAAUCUGAGCUAUACAGAAAUACUGAAAAUCCGCCAGUCUGAGAGGAUGAACCAGGAAGAUUUCCAAUCUCGUCCAAUUUUGGAGCUAAAAGAGAAGAUUCAGCCUGAAAUUUUUGAGUUGAUAAAGCAGCAGCGUCUAAAUCGUCUUGUUGAAGGAACCUGCUUUCGGAAGCUUAACAGCCGACGCCGGCAAGACAAAUUUUGGUAUUGUCGACUAUCUCCAAACCAUAAAGUUUUGCAUUAUGGAGAUUUGGAAGAGAGUCCCCAAGGAGAAGUUCCGCAUGAUUCAUUACAGGAUAAAUUGUCUGUGGCAGAUAUAAAAGCAAUUGUUACAGGGAAGGACUGUCCUCACAUGAAGGAGAAGGGAGCCCUUAAACAAAACAAGGAGGUGCUUGAACUUGCUUUCUCUAUACUAUUUGAUUCAAAUGGACAGCUAAAUUUCAUUGCUCCUGACAAGCAUGAGUACUGUGUAUGGACAGAUGGUCUAAAUGCCCUACUUGGAAAAGAUAUGAUGAGUGAACUAACACGUAACGACUUGGAUACUCUGCUCAAUAUGGAGAUAAAGCUGCGUCUUCUGGAUCUGGAGAACAUACAGAUCCCUGAUGCUCCACCUCCUAUUCCAAAGGAACCAAGCAACUAUGAUUUUGUAUAUGACUGCAACUAAAUCAGUUGUCACUCCUUAGUAUUUACAGUUAACAACUGAAAAGGAUUUUUUAAGUAAAAAGAAAGAAAAAAACCAGGAAGAGAACACAUGAUGCAUAUUGGAUUUAUGGUUAUGAUGGGACUGUAAAAGAGCUAGUUCUCUGUUUGCUUUCUGCCUGUCGUUCUUAUCCAUUGCUAAUGAAAAACACCACUUCCAUUAAUAUUUUACUACUGGGCAAGAUCAAAAGAGUUUUUCAACAUAAAAGGUGUUACCAAAGGAAAUUUCUUAUUUUUUAAAAUGCUGGAGCACAGUUCCAAAUAAAAAAGACAAUGUGACCUAACAGCACAAUCACCAAACUAGAUCCAGCAUUGCAGGUGCUUUAACAAGAGAGAAAGAAGUAGAGAACAGUAAAUGAGGAAGUAAGAGUUGUCUCCCAGCAGUCACUUCAGAUCUUUGAAUCAACAGGAUAUCUCAAUAAAAAUGAUUAUUACCACUUGCAGCUUCUACACUGUUGUAGUUGUGAUUCACCAUUAUCUUUAUCAGCACCAACAUCUUAAGUCAAGUGACUGGUUUUCUUUAAAAUUCACAGAUCAUAUUACAGACAUUUGUAAUCCCCUAAUACCCACAAAUUAGUAUCUCAUCUGAAAUGUCCACACGUUUAACAAAGCUACUUGCUCUUUGUGUCCUGUUGUAUAAUUAUAUAUCACUAACUGAAAGCAGUGGGCAUUUUUUAGUCCAGGCUGUGAUUGAUUAUUUUGUUUGCAAAAUGGCAGAUGCCAUAAAUACUGAAAAUGCUGUGUUCAGGAUUAUGUUGUAGAAAUGUGCAGAGUAUUAAAAAAUUUCAAUGAACUUGGGAUUUGUAUAAAACAUUUGAACAAUACUUGCCCAAUUUAUAUAUAAUCAAAAACAAAAUUAUAUUGUGUGUACUUACUUUAUUAAAAAAAAUACCUGUUUUAAAUCCUAUAUUCUACUUGGAACAUUCUCCUUGGAGAGAAUUUAUGCCAACAUUCCCAUCAACAUUGCUAUGAAUAAAACUGAACUUGUG